GCACCACGCUCGACCCUGUUAUUGGGGCAAAAGAGACGAGGUCAAAGCGAUGCAAGACUGGAAGCACCUCCGUCACGUAAGCGUAGCCAAACUGUGCCAGAAGAACGAGAAUGUCCUUUUCUUUCUGCAGCACGUCCUCCAGAACGGUGGCGUAUUCGCCCUUGUUGGCUCGUCUCUCGAAAAGUUCAAUACGAACGUCGCCCGCAUCCGUGGAGUUGUGCGCCAUCAGCGACGCAUACACGCCGGCGUAAAAAGCAGUGGGCAUAGUAGGCUGUGGCGGAAAAAAUUGGCGUCAACAUCAAAAUCUUCACUGGGGUGUAAGAAUCUGCGGCUUGGGUGGCUGCGCUGUGCGGGGCAACGGAAGCAGCAGCAGAAGCAGCAGCACGACAAGGACAAGAAGGCACGGCGACGCCGCAGAGGGUCGCAAGCCAAAGUGCGCACUGUAACCACGCUGCCCCCAAAGCACCGCCAUAACUGCUGCCCUGCGAUUGUCUUGCUGUAUAGCCUGUAA